UGUCACGGACGAGGCGCUCGCUCGUCUGCCCGUCAUCGCGAAGAGGCUCGAGAAGAUGGCCGCCACCAGGGCGGCGCCGUACUACGUCGGGCAGGUGCGGCCGCUCGUUCAGCCCACGGAGCGUGUCCGGCGGUGGAGGCAACAAUGGCAGCAGGCAGGCAGCAGCAGCAGCAAGAGGAGCAACAGUGCAAGCAGCAGCAGUUGGAACAGCAGCGACAGCAGCGGCACCAACAGCAACUAGAGGAAGAACAACGGCUGCAUCAGCAGUGGCACCAACAGCAACUGGAACAGGAGAAACAGCAACAGCAGCAACUAGAGCAACAGCAACGGCAGCAGCAGCAGCAGCGCCAACAGCAACUGGAAGAGGAACAACGGCUGCAUCAGCAGUGGCACCAACAGCAAUUAGAAGAAGAGCAGCAGCAACGGCAGCAGCAGCAGUGGCACCAGCAGCAACUAGAGCAGCAGCAACAACAACAACCACAGCAGCAGCUUCGGCUGUCGUCGCUCGAAUCCCCGCAACCUCUCCAUCAGUCCCAACCGCCGACGUUCCUCCCUCCCGCUCAACCGCCACAGCCGAAGAGACAGAAGCCUCCUCCGCCCAAGCGCAGCAACAGCACGCGCCUCAGUGUCGACCUCUCGCAGCAGCAGCAGCAGCAACUGCAACUGCAGCAACAGCAGCAGCAACCGCAACAGCAGCAGCAACAACAACUGCAGCAGCAGCAGCAACCGCAGCAGCAGCAGCAGCAACAACACCAGCAGCCGCAGCAGCCGCAAAGGUCGCGACCUGAACGCGCCGUCUCCGCGCACGGGACGCUGCCGAAUGCCUUCUUCAAGGAUCUGGAGCGAGUGAUGAGCGUUAAGCAGCAGCGCGCCUCGGUGGGCGUAUUCAGCGUGCCCGACGACAAGGGCGAGCCCCCGUCGCCGGUGGUGCCCCCUGCCGGCGCGGCCCGCGGCCACGAGCACGUCGACGACCUGCCGCCGCCGCCGCCCGAGCUGCUGGAGGAGUUCCAUUCGUCGCCACUGCGGGGCGCCGCCGUCGCGACGCAGCCGCACCUCGUCGCACCGCGACCCGGCGGCCGCAGGUCGCCGAACCCCGGCCACCAGGUGGCGCCGGCGCAGAUCGUCGUCCAGCGGAGGGCGCCGUCACCGAGGAGCGACGGACCGGUGGCUGAGAUUGCUACCUCCGCGGCAGCGGGGCGACCCCGCGUGACCUCGACCGCAGAGCUGACCGUCGGGGGGUCGUCGCCGGAGCCGGCCCCCUCCCCCACGAGGUCGCGGCCACAGACUCCGCCGAAGCCCCGCCCACCGGUCGCGAAAAAGCCCCCCGCGCAGCACCGAUCGUCGGGGGAGGUAGUGGCCGGCGCGGAGGGCGGGCGGGUGAAGCCAGCCGUUGCCGCGAAGCACCAGCAUCCGCCGCCUCUCGUUGCCGAGAAACCCCAGCAUCCGCCGCCCAUCGCCGACAAGCCAAAGCUGAGGCCGAAGCCGCCGCCAAAACCUCCCGCGAAACCUCAGGCGCUGUGA